UGUUGAGUUCGGAUAACAAAAUUCUGAAGAAAACCGGGGAGCUCACUAUUCUCUCUCUUUCAGGCCUUUCGUACAUAUAUUUUAAGUUUAAAGACACAUUACGGUAUCUCUACUUGCAUCAUUAGAAAAAUGGCAUUGUUUUCGGCCGAUGGUCGGAUUUGUUUCUCAGCUGCCGCUGGUAACUUACGCGGCAACACCGGACUGGCUGGGAACAAGCUGUGCAGCAAUGGAGGAGAGCUGAUGGGAAUGAAGCUAAUGAAGUUGAACAACCGGAGAGUACCUCUUAACUCUAAAACUUCCAAGUCUUUUGCUUGCAAGGCUGUGGCUACUAACAAUGUAGUUGGUGAGAUCAAGUUCAGAGACUUGGACCAGGAAAGAAGGAAUCCCAAGACUGUUGUAGCCAUUGUUUUGGGUGGAGGUGCUGGUACUCGUCUAUUCCCUCUUACCAAGCGCAGAGCCAAACCCGCAGUGCCAAUUGGAGGUGCAUACAGGCUCAUUGAUGUGCCAAUGAGCAACUGUAUAAACAGUGGAAUCAACAAAGUUUACAUUCUCACGCAAUACAACUCUGCUUCACUUAAUCGACAUCUUGCUCGUGCUUACAAUUUUGGUAACGGUAGCUUUGGAGAUGGUUUUGUUGAGGCUCUUGCAGCCACCCAGACUCCUGGUGAAUCAGGGAACAAGUGGUUUCAAGGGACAGCAGAUGCUGUUCGACAGUUUCAUUGGCUUUUUGAGGAUGCCAGAAAUAGGGAAAUUGAGGAUGUACUGAUUCUCUCAGGAGAUCACCUGUAUCGAAUGGACUACAUGGACUUUGUUCAGAAUCAUCGCGAAAGUGGCGCUGAUAUUACACUUUCUUGUCUUCCCAUGGAUGACAGCCGAGCCUCGGAUUUCGGUUUAAUGAAGAUUGACAAUAAAGGUAGAGUUCUUUCAUUUAGUGAAAAACCAAGAGGAAAGGAUUUGAAAGCAAUGGCAGUAGAUACCACAGUUUUGGGAUUGUCACGAGAAGAAGCGGACAAGAAACCAUACAUCGCUUCCAUGGGAGUCUACGUCUUCAAGAAGGAGAUACUCUUGAAUCUUCUGAGGUGGAGAUUUCCCACUGCAAAUGACUUUGGAUCUGAAAUUAUCCCAGCUUCAGCAAAUGAGUUCUUCAUCAAGGCAUAUUUGUUUAAUGAUUAUUGGGAGGACAUUGGUACAAUCAAAUCUUUCUUUGAGGCAAAUCUGGCUCUUACAAAAGAUCCAGCAAGCUUUAGCUUUUACGAUGCAGCAAAGCCGAUGUUUACAUCCAGAAGAAACUUACCACCAUCGUCAAUCGACAAUAGCAAGAUUGUUGACUCAAUCAUAUCACAUGGAAGUUUUUUGAAUAAUUGCUUAGUCGAACAUAGUGUAGUUGGUAUUCGAUCUAGAAUAAACUCUGGUGUCCAUCUAAAGGAUACGGUGAUGCUUGGUGCCGAUUCCUAUGAAACUACUGAAGAAGCAGCAGACCUCUUGGCCGAAGGAAAGGUUCCAAUGGGAAUCGGUGAAAAUACAAAAAUCAAUCAGUGCAUUAUCGACAAAAAUGCGAGAAUCGGGAAGAACGUUGUUAUUUCCAACUCCGAGGGCAUUCAAGAGGCGGACAGAUCUUCAGAAGGAUUCUAUAUCAGAUCAGGUAUUACAGUCAUACUGAAGAAUUCAACUAUCAAAGACGGCUUAGUCAUAUAAGCUUACGCUCUUUCUGUGUCUCCUCUUUCAAUUAAGAUGAGGAUCAAAGAACCAAAAUCGGUAUAUUCAUCUUGAGGUGUUGCAUUUAAAAGACACGAUUCUUGUGAAUAUCAUUGGUAAUUUCUUGUAUUUUCACUGUAAAAUUAGUAUUUUCUUGUUACAAUAUAAUGUAUUUGGAUGACCAAUGCAUAUCUGUCUUAUUUGGAUGUCAA